AUGGAAGACGCGUAUGUCAAAGUCCUUGAGGAAACAAAUUACGCUAGAAAUUGGUCUUUGAAGUUCACAGAACACCCUCAUCUUGCAGGUAGUAGUUCCGGGCUCUCGUUGGCCGAAUGGACUCAGACCCAGUUUAAAGAGUUUGGCUUGUCUAAUGUUGAAAUUAAGCCUUAUUAUGUGUACACAAACUUCCCCUUGGACCAUCUGCUUAGCAUGGUGACGCAGAAAGGCGAUGUCGUAUACCAAGCCUCAUUAGAAGAAGAUGAACUUGCACAGGAUCCAAGUUCUUGGAGAAAUAACUCUGUUCCCACGUUCCAUGGCUAUUCCGCCAGUGGAAAUGUGACAGGUCAAUUCUUCUAUGCUAAUUAUGGCCGUAAGGAAGAUUUUGAAAAGCUACAAGAUGAUGGAAUUGAUAUGAAGGGGAAAAUAGCUAUAGUUAGAUAUGGCUAUACAUACCGAGGGUUGAAGGUGAAAUUUGCUCAAGAACACGGUUGUAUUGGUGUAGUGAUGUAUCUGGAUCCUGGAGAUGAUAUGGGGGUUACUCCUGCGAAUGGGUUCAAACAAUAUCCAGAUGGUCCUGCUAGACACGAAUCUUCAGUACAAAGAGGAAGUGUGUUGUUCUUAAGUUAUGGAGUGGGGGAUCCUACAACUCCUGGUUAUGCUUCAAGUUCUCCAGAUGUUGCAAGGAAAGACCCUUCCCAUGUUCUUCCUCAUAUUCCCAGUUUACCUGUUAGUUACAGAGACAUCUUACCCAUUUUACAACAAUUGAACGGUCCUAUCCCCAAGCAGAAGGACUGGAUAGGUGAACUACAAGGUUACAACUACUCCAUUGGUCCAAGCGAUGAAUCAGCCCCCCAAUUAAACUUAUACAACCUUCAAAAAUAUAACGUUACCCCAAUCUGGAACGUGAUGGGGGAGAUUAAAGGUAUAUUUGAUGAUGAAGUGGUCGUUAUUGGUAACCACAGAGACUCCUGGGCAGGUUCUGCUGGAGACCCUAAUUCUGGAUCUGCUACCAUGUUUGAAAUCAUUCGUGGGCUCCAGGCUAUCAAGAGAACUCAUCCAGAAUGGAAACCUUUGAGGACGAUUAUUUUUGCAUCAUUUGAUGGCGAAGAACAAGGAAUGCUUGGAUCCACUGAAUGGGCCGAAGAUCUCCUGAAGUCGUUGCAAAAGAAAGUUAUUGCCUAUUUGAAUAUGGAUAUAGCAGUUGGAGGGUCUGCACUCACACUAUCACUGUCACCAGUUUUGAAUAAAGUAUUAAUGGAAUGUGCAAAGAAAGUUACUUAUCCCAGACCGACUGAAUCGGGUAGGACUAUUACUCUUUAUGAACACUAUCAAUCAGGACCCUUUGAAGGUAAGAUUGAUAUUCUAGGCAGUGGAUCAGAUUUCACUGUGUUUUUGGAACAUUUAGGUAUCCCAUCUAUGGAUGCUGGGUUCGGAUCCGGGUCAAAUAAAGAUCCUGUGUAUCAAUAUCAUUCAAACUAUGAUCUGUUCUAUUGGAUGGAUACCAUGGCCGAUCCUGGGUUCAAAUUGCAUAAUGCCAUGGCUCAAUAUUUAGGCUUGGUGCUCUUGGAGUUGAGUUCUCGUGAGGUUAUCAACUUUGAUGUUACAACAUAUGCCAAUGAUAUUCAUGGAUAUUUCAACGAUACUCUUGAGUCCGCUCCCAAGGAAUGGUUUAAGAAACCCACUAAUUUCACUUUAAUUCAUCGGAGCCACCACAAUAACCCCCAUUUCAAAGACUUGGUACAACUAACUCAUGCGGCAUUGACAGUGUUCACCAAGAUGAGCACCAAGUUUGAUAAGUACAAGGACCAACUUCAAGUCAGACUAGAUAAAAACGAUAAGCUUUCGUUCUGGGAAAAGGUGUGGUUGACUAUCAGAUUGAAACAUGUCAACUUAAGACUUAAAUACUUGGAAAGACAUUUCAUUCAUGAAGGCGGACUUAAGGAUAGAAGUUGGUUCAAGCACAUUAUAUUUGCCAGUGGAAGAUACACGGGUUAUGAAGGUCAACUGCUUCCAUGUAUCCGAGAAGCCAUCGAAGACGAUUUGUUUGAAGAUGCUGUACUGCUGAUCAAUGUAUUACUAAAGACGAUAGCUAGGGUGACCGAUGCUGCUAUGCAGUUGAUAAACAAGUACGAUAACUUUUUGUUUGAUUGUGACGGAGUUAUAUGGCUAGACGAUGUGGCCAUCAAAGGAGUCAAAGACACCAUAGAAUACUUAUCACUGUUGAACAAGCAAGUAGCCUUUGUCACCAAUAACUCGUCCAGAUCGAGAGACUACUACAUGAAGAAGUUUGAGCGUCUCGGAUAUACAAACGUAUCUAAAGACCGAAUCUUUCCAACUUCGUAUGCUGCAGCAGUACACUUAAAUAAUGAGCUAGACAUUCCUGAAGGUUCUAAGGUCUGGGUUCUAGGAGAUCAUGGAAUAGAGGAAGAACUAAGGGAAUUCAAUUAUAUUCCUGUGGGUGGUUCAAGUGUUGAAUUGGAUGGUCCAUUUGAUGAUAAUAGCCCUCUAUUGGUACCUGAUCCAGAGGUAAAGGCAACUGUGGUUGGUUCUACCAAGAGCAUCAACUAUAUGCGAAUAUCUCUGACAUUACAGUACUUACUUGAUCCCAAAAUGCCCUUCAUAGGUACCAACAUAGAUAGGGUUUAUCCGGGACCCAAGGGACUUAUUUUGCCAGCUGGAGGUUCGGUGGUUAACUUCAUGGAAUACACUUCUCAUCGUGAUUGUAUAAAUGUGGGGAAACCAAGUAGAAUUCUUUUAGAUGAUAUCUUGAAGAUAUGCAGGUUUGAAAGAGAAAGAACCAUUAUGGUUGGUGAUACUUUAUACACUGACAUCAAGUUUGGUAAUGAUGGAGAACUUGGAGGUACAAAUGGCUCGUCCUUAUUGGUUUUAACAGGACAAACCAAGAAACUGACAUUAGAUAAGUUUCUUGAAGAUCCUAAUGAAGUGGCUGUAUUUGAUGAUACCAUGAUUCCACUGUAUGUGAUCAACAGUUUUGGUGACAUUAUAGAAUUAAUAAAUAGAGAAUAG